AUGCGCACUUCAGGCCGCCCUAUUCAACUUUCAAUCACUUCUACUCGUGAUUCUUCUCCUUAUAUGCACCAGCACAUAUGUUCACGCUAUAUUCCCGGCCUUGCUGGACAACAGAAAAGAAGGGUGAGCUUGGAAAACAAGGCUAUAUCUACGCAUCCAUAUAUCUAUAUGGAUGAUGAGACUGCGUUCAUGGGCAUAUUCUGGAAAUUUGCGAGAGUAGGGGAACGGCUAAGCCCUUACAUCAGUAUAUGUUGUUUCGUUAUGGCGGUCAGACUUGCCCUUCCCUUCUCCAUAUACGGCAUGUUGCCCGGGGCUUCAUCUAUCUUUGAAGUGAUUGGCAACUAAGCGCGGUCGAAUAUAUGAUUGGCUUUCUUAUUCAGCACCUCUUGGGUUUGAGAUGUUCAGGUGUUCCGGAGUUCUAUGGUUCGGGUGCUUUAUCAUGAGCUAUUUCGCGAGUGGGCUGUUCCCUUGACAGCCGAAUCAGCCGGCACGGUGCCGUCCUAAAUUUCUGUGAGCUACUCAGAGUGUUCAGUUAAAACUGCCGGCUGGGGGAAAAAGUAUACGGGUACAGUGGACAAUGCAACAUCUGGUUUACUAUUUUAGGUCGCAACGACACUUCGUCUUGGACUUUCCACCAGGCUGGCGGAAGAUGUGACCAGAGCGGCUAUGCCUAUAUCCCAGAGUCUAGGCAUCUUUCACUUUUUGCAGCCCUGUGAGCCACCAUCACCGCGGUAAUGGGAAGGUUUAGAGCGGAGGGCACAUGCAUUUGGCUGAGUGGAGGAUCUCGCGGCAGACUGGGCGUACAGUACACCAAGUGAUAGCUUGGUUGGGAACGGGUCUCGCAUUGGCACGCCUGUAUGUCCAAAUCGGGCACAAAGGAACUGAAAGAGGACACUGGCAUGGUACCUGACGUCUCCCAAACCAUCCUCGCUCCAACUUGAGGGGAACUGAGGUCAUUUGGGCAAUGUGACUUGUGAUGGUCUAUAAGCUGACAGAUGGGGGUAUAUGUGUGACUAAUGCAACGAUA